AUGGCCGGAUACCCUUUGCUCUGCUUGGAGAACCCUCUCCUUGACAUUCAGGCUGUCGGUGACGCCGAUCUGCUGCAGAAGUAUGGACUGAAAGACAACGACGCCAUCCUCGCCGAGGACAAGCACAUGGGUCUCUACGAUGAGCUGAUGAAGCUUGACGCUAAGCUCAUUGCUGGUGGUGCUGCCCAGAACACCGCCCGUGGUGCUCAGUACAUUCUCCCCGACAACUCGGUCGUCUACAUUGGCUGCGUUGGAAAGGACAAGUACGCCGAUCUCCUCAAGGACGCUUGCACCAAGGCUGGUGUCCACACCGAAUACCGUGUCGACGAUGUCCAGCCUACCGGCAAGUGCGGUGUCAUCAUCACCGGCCACAACCGCAGCAUGUGCACUCACCUUGCUGCCGCUAACGAGUACAAGCCUGAGCACUUGAAGCAGCCUCAAAUCUGGUCUCUGGUCGAGAAGGCUCAGGUCUACUACAUUGGUGGAUACCACUUGACUGUCUCCGUUCCUGCUAUCUUGGCUCUUGCUGAGGAAGCUGCUUCUAAGAACAAGAUCUUCAUGCUCUCCCUCUCCGCUCCUUUCAUCCCUCAAUUCUUCAAGGACCAGCUCGACACCGUCCUGCCCUACACCGACUACACCUUCUGCAACGAGACUGAGGCUCGUGCCUACUCCGAGAGCCACGGCUGGGGUACCGACGACAUUGUCGAGAUCACCAAGAAGCUUGCUCAGCUCCCUAAGAAGAACACUAGCCGCCCUCGUAUCGCUAUUGUCACCCAGGGUACCAUGCCCACUGUGGCCGCCUCGGCCAAGCCCGACGGUCAGAUCGAGGUCAAGGAGUUCGCUGUCCGCGAGAUCUCCAAGGACGCCAUUACCGACACCAACGGUGCUGGUGACGCCUUCGCCGGUGGUUUCGCCGCUGGUAUUGUCGAGGGCAAGUCUCUCGAGGAGAGCGUUGACAUGGGUCAAUGGCUCGCCAGCCUCAGCAUCCAGGAGUUGGGACCUUCGUAA